GUAGUCGGGAAGCAGCGUUCGUCUACGCCAUUUCCUCAGCAGGGGUGGUACAUGCCAUCACCAGAUCUUGCAGCAGGGGUCAGUUAAUGAACUGCGCCUGUGACCCGGCUAAACGGGGUUCCAGCAGAGACAAAAAGGGCAGCUUUGAUUGGGGAGGCUGCUCGGACAACGUCCAGUACGGGAGUACCUUCUCCAGGAUCUUCAUUGAUGCCAAGGAGAGAAAACAAGGAGACGGACGGUCGCUGAUGAACUUGCAUAAUAACAGAGCUGGCAGAAGAGCAGUUAAAAAAUUCAGGAAACUGGAAUGCAAGUGUCAUGGCGUCAGUGGAUCGUGUACCAUCCGCACCUGCUGGUUGGCGAUGCAAGAGUUCAGAUCUGUCAGCGCCCACCUCAAGACUCGCUACAACGGCGCUACUCAGAUGAUGAUGAAACAAAAUGGAGUUAGUCUGAUUGUGGCCAAUCGUAACCAUAAAAAGCCAACUCGUUCUGAUCUUGUGUACAUCGAGGCCUCGCCGGAUUACUGUGUAGAGAACCCAGAAGUUGGUUCCCUCGGCACCGAAGGACGUACUUGCGACAAAUCCUCUAUGGGAACAGACGGCUGUGACAUCAUGUGCUGCGGACGCGGCUACCAUACAAGAGUGGUCAAGCAACAGUACAAAUGCGAAUGCAAGUUCCACUGGUGCUGCUAUGUCAACUGCAAGGACUGCCAACAGUGGGUAGAGCUUCACACUUGCAAGGGAGACACACCUCAAACUCCCAGCUCUUCCUGA